AUGUUGCUGCAGAAGAAAGAUCCCCAAGAAGAGCUGUGGCCUUCGGUGCUGAAACACAGCCACUGCAGAUCAGCAGUAGCACAGGGAGGAAGCCUGACCUCUCCCUCCUCCCGUGCUUCUGUCUCUUCUGGGUGCUUCCCUUUGGCUGAGCCUAAAACAAUGUACACAGGGCAACGGGGCCUGGCUGAUGCAGAGGAUUUUGGAAGAAACCCAACUCCUCCCUACCCUCCACACACAAUAACACUGGGGUUCCCAGGAAACAGCAGCAGUGUUUCCUCCACCUUCCUGCUGAGUGACAUUCCAGGGCUGGAGCACAUGCACAUCUGGAUCUCCAUCCCACUGUGCCUAAUGUACCUGGUUUCCAUCUUGGGCAACUGCACCAUCCUUUUCAUCAUUAAAACAGAGCACUUGCUACAUGAGCCCAUAUACCUCUUCCUGUCCAUGCUGGCUCUGACUGACCUGAGCCUGUCCCUUUGCACCCUCCCUACAGUGCUGGGUAUCUUUUCGGUUGGGGCACGAGAUAUUAGCCAUGAUGCCUGUUUUGCCCAGCUCUUUUUUAUUCACUGCUUAUCCUUCCUGGAGUCCUCCAUGCUACUGUCUAUGGCCUUUGACCUUGUGACCAUUCACCACCCCUUCCGUCGUGCUUCCAUUCUCAGCAACACAGUCAUUGGCAGGAUUGGCCUGGCUUCCCUGGGCCAUAGUGCAGCAACCAUCUUCCCAUUGCCUUGUAUGCUCAAAAGAUUCCCUUACUGUGGCUCCCCAGUCCUCUCCCAUUCCUACUGUCUCCACCAAGAAGUGAUGAGAUUGGCCUGUGCAGACAUCAAGGCCAACAGCAUCUAUGGCAUGUUUGUCACUGUGUCCACAGUGGGUGUAGACCCACCUCUCUUCUCCUAUGCCCUGAUUGUGCGCACUGUGCUGUCCACCACCUCCAGGGCUGAGAGACUCAAAGCCCUCAGCACAUGCGUUUCCCACAUCUGUGCUGUGCUCCUCUUCUACACUCCCAUGAUUGGCUUGUCCGUCAUCCACCACUUUGGAAAGCAGGCACCCCAUUUAGUCCAAGUGGUCAUGGGCUUCGUGUAUCUUCUAUUCCCUCCGAUAAACCCCAUCAUCUACAUUGUGAAGACCAAACAGAUCCGAGAUCAGGUGACACAUGCCUUUUGUUACUAA